AUGCAUUGGCUCACGUCCCCCCUCACUCGCCUGGCGACAGGCGCCGCUCUCGUCGGGGGUGCAUCAGGAAUCAACCUGAAGGUGGCCACAAGCGGUGGAAAUGCCACCUCUCCGCUUAUGUACGGCUUUAUGUUCGAGGAUAUCAACCACUCUGGCGACGGUGGUAUCUCCGGCCAGCUCUUGCGAAACAAUGGCUUUCAAGGCGACGAUGAUAACACCACUGCCUAUGCUCCCAUUGGCGACGUUGAUCUAUCAGUUGACUCCAACAACCCGCUCACAACUGCUAUCCAACGCUCUCUUGCAGUGGCAGUGCCGGAAGGCGCAACAGGCGACGUUGGUUUCAGCAACGAAGGCUACUGGGGCAUUCUGGUCAACGCUGAUCAGUAUUUCACCUCUUUCUAUGUCAAAGGAGCCUACAGCGGCAGCGUGACCAUCAAGCUCGUCGGCAGAGACAGUGGAACCGAGUUCGCCAGCGUUACUCUGGAUGUCUCCAGCAACACCAACGAUUACACAUAUUACCAGACUAAUUUCGAAAGCCGACAGGCCCCUGACGGUCUGAACCUGUGGACUCUGACUUUUGACGGUGGAAAAACUGCAGGCUCUACUCUGCACUUUGAUAUCAUCACGCUCUAUCCCACGACUUUCCACAACAGGCCGAACGGGCUGAAGCCGAACAUUGCUAAUACGUUGAAUGAUAUGGGGGCCACCUUUUUGCGCUUCCCCGGCGGCAACAACUUGGAAGGAAAUAGUGCGGAUAACCGGUGGAAGUGGAACCUGACGAUAGGACCACUUGAGGAUCGUCCUGGUCGACAGGGUGUUUGGGGGUACCCGAACACGGAUGCGCUUGGCAUAGUCGAGUACUUCGAGUGGUGUGAAGACAUGAAUCUCUCGCCCCUUCUCGCCGUCUGGGCUGGAUUUUCGCUCAACUCUGGCGGAGACACGCCCAUCACCGGCGAUGCCCUGAAUCCCUAUGUCGACGACGUCCUGAACGAAUUAGAGUUCGUCCUCGGUGACUCAUCCACGACCUACGGCGCCCUCCGCGCCUCCCUCGGUCACUCUGAUCCCUUCCCGCUCCAGCAUGUCGAAAUCGGGAACGAGCCCAACCUUGGGGGCGGCUGUGAAUCUUACGCUACCGACCGCUUUCCUCGCUUCUACAACGCCAUAAGCGCCGCCUACCCCUCCCUCACCAUCAUUGCCGGAACUGACGACCUGACCUGCUUGCCCUCGCCCGUCCCAGCCGGUGUUGUCCUGGACUACCACAACUACGGCGCGUCCCCGGAACUCGUCGCCAACUUCUCUCAAUUCGACCACUACGACCGUAGCAACCCACUCCUCAUCGGCGAGUUCUCGGCAUACGCCUCGCAGGCCAACGACAACGACGAGGAAGACCCCAAUGACAAUGCGUACCGCAACGUUUACCCGUACAUGGGCGGCAGCGUCGCCGAGGCCGUGUACAUGCUGGGCUGUGAGCGUAACGCCGACCUCAUCCGCAUGUCCGCCUACGCUCCGCUCCUACAGCUCUUCAACAGCACGCAGUGGACCCCCGACCUCGUCGGUUUCACGCAGGACCCUGACGGCAUCGUGCGUAGCACCAGUUUCUUUGUCCAACAGAUGUUCGCUCAGCACUGGGGCAGCACCACCCGUGCCAUCGACUCGGAUACCGGCUUCGGUCCCGUGUAUUGGGGCGCGUCGGCGAAUGAAGGCAACGGGGAGACGUACGUGAAGCUGGCCAACUACGGCAAUGACUCGCAGAGCGUUAGCAUCAACGUGGCGGGUGCUUCGGCCGGUACGCUAAUCAUCCUGAGCGCGCCCGAGUCGACCCAGAACAGUGUUGAGGUCGGUGAAAUCGUCAAGCCCGUCAUCAGCACCCCGGACCUUUCCGACGGCACCUUCACAAUCCAACUGCCGGCUUGGGGCGUGGCGGUGCUGGUGGCGUCGGGGUCGUCGUCAUCAUCGGGUGAUACGACUAUAACUGGAGCGUCUGCGGAGACAACGUCUACUGCGACAAACACAGCAAUCGCGACGGUGACAACACAGUCGACUGUGGUGACGGACGGGACCGAGGUCGUUCAGACGAUCACGAGCACUGUGGCCACAGUGUGGGAGACGACGACGGUGCUGCCGGCAGGUGUGGUUACUACCGCUGAGUUCAAGGGCAGAGGGUAUCAGAACCGAAAGGGCUCGGACGGUGAGCGGGGAAGCGGCAGACACUCUUGGCCAUCGUCCCACGGAUCUGUCUGGAUUUGA